UCAAACUACGUGAAUUGUCAAGUCAAGAAGAGGAUUGCAAGUCACUUUUUUGUUUCUUGGUUUAUUAUUCUCACUAUCAUAGUCAAUUUAACUUAAAAUAAUACAAAAGGGUGUGUAUUUGAAUAAUACUUCUGUUAUAGUUGGUUUCUAUUUUCCUGAAAAAAUGUCGACGAACGAUGAUCUUACUAGUCUUGAUGCCGGAGGCAAAAUAGUAAAAAUGGAGGUGGACUAUAGCACCACCUGUGAUGAAAAGAUCCCCUUGUGGAAAUCAUGGGCCUCCAAAGGCAAGGUUCAAGAAGCCAUCGACCAGCUGCUGGCGCUGGAGAAGCAGACACGAACGGGUGCUGACAUGGCUUCUACUGCCAGGAUUUUAGUUGCAAUAGUGCAAAUUUGUUUUGAGGCUAAGAACUGGACUGCACUGAAUGAUCAGAUUGUGCUUUUGUCUAAGAGAAGAUCUCAACUUAAACAGGCGGUUGUCAAAAUGGUCCAAGAAUGCUACACUUAUGUUGACAAAACGCCAGACAAGGAGACUAAAGUCAAACUCAUAGAGACUCUGCGAUCCAUCACCGAGGGCAAGAUCUAUGUGGAAGUGGAGAGGGCCAGGCUCACACACAUCUUGGCUAAGAUCCGGGAAGAGGAGGGCAAUGUGGCAGAGGCAGCCAAAAUUAUUCAGGAACUUCAGGUGGAAACCUAUGGCUCCAUGGACAAGCGUGAGAAAGUGGAACUUAUAUUGGAACAGAUGAGGCUGUGCCUUGCUAUCAAGGAUUACGUCCGGACACAAAUUAUCUCAAAGAAGAUCAAUACAAAAUUCUUUGAGGAAGAAAAUACUCAGGAGUUAAAGGAGAAAUUCUACCGCCUGAUGAUCGCCGUAGAUCAGCACAACGGAGCCUAUUUAUCCGUGUGCCGGCAUUUCCGAGCGCUGGGCGCUGCGGGCGGCGCGGACUCGCUCAUAGGCAGUGUGGUGUUUCUCGUACUAGCACCGUAUAACAACGAGCAAGCUGAUCUCACGCAUCGUGUCAACGAGGACAAGGAUCUUGACAAACUGCCUGAUUACAAGCAACUACUGGGGCUGUUCAUAAACCCCGAGAUCAUAAAGUGGAACAGCAUCUGCCAGCACUAUGAGAAGGCGCUGCGAGCGACGCCCUACUUCGACUCGACCGACGAGAAGGGACAGGAGCGAUGGAACGACCUCAAGAACAGGGUGGUAGAACAUAACAUUCGCAUCAUGUCGAUGUACUAUACGCGCAUCUCCACGAAACGCAUGAGCGAGCUGCUAGGCCUCACUGAGACCGAGACGGAGGAAGCGCUCAGCCAACUUGUUGUCAGUGCCGUUGUGAAGGCCAAGAUCGACCGUCCUGCUGGCGUCGUGCAUUUCAGCUUGAACAUGAACGCAUCAGACCGGCUCAACGAGUGGUCGAACAACCUCAACACGCUCAUGCAGCUCGUCAACAAGACCACGCAUCUCAUCAACAAGGAGGAAUGCGUGCACAAACACUUGCUCGCCACGGUUGCCGAGUAACUUACGCGUACCUUAUGUCAAAUUAACAAUAAUUUUCUCUUCCAUAAACUAUCAGUUGGAUAAUUCAAAUACCGAGGCAGUUUCUCGCGUCGAUCAGCGAGAAGCAAGUAGUUUUGACGGUGUUUUUUUUUUCUUUGUGGGCUAGUUUACUUCGAGAAAGGAUGGUAUGUGCAUCUCCUCCAUUCAACGAGACUUACAUAUACAAGUACGUUGUUGAACGAAAUAAUUCUAUCACUAAUCGCCCGGAUAGCUGCAAAAGUUAUUCUACCUUUUGGAUGAAAACAGAUGGAUAAAAAAAUACAGAAUGGUUGCAUGAAAAAACGAACGCGGGCGUAAUAAAACUUUAUCCGAUUUUAUUUCCGAAUUCCAAAAUAAUGCUUGUCCUUUGCUAGGAUCGCCCCCAAAAAUAACUUGUUGCAUAUAACCUAACCUAACUCUUAUUAUUGUGCAACGUUAAAGACUAAUUUCGUAAAUGAAUCGCCUAAGGGUAUUCCAUCUGUCCAAUUUAUUUGUCCCAUGUGCAUUGCGUCUCAUUCUCUCAAUAAUCAAAAUGUGAGACGCAAAUACACAUUGGACCAAGAUAUUGGAUAGAUGGAAUACCAUCCUAAGCUAAACUCUAGAAGGAGAAUUAUUGUUCGGGUGAAAUAUUUUAUUCAUCAGUAUCGGUAUACAUUAUUGAAAAUAAAUAUAUGCACCGUUGCAUUUGUUCCAUAGAAAUAAAUUGGCUUUUAAUAUAGAAUAUGACCUAGAUUAUUCAAUGUAUUGUCUUUGAAAUUUUAUUUGAAUUUUAAUAAUUUUAAUUUCUGGUCAAUAGUGAGUUCCAAUACGUGUCUGUCUGGUAAUGAAACUUUAUCCUUACUUACCUUAUUUCUGUAAGUCUAGUUAAUAAAUACGAAUUGAUAUAAAAUAA